AUGUUGACAAAUGCAGCCAAAGCAGCUGGAGCUCCGGCGGACUCAGCGAUCGAGGCAAGUGAGGACAGUCAGAUUCUUCAAGUAGAAUCCGCUUCAACACAGCGACAAGGGACUCGCCUUCGAAAACAGACUGUGCGGUACGGACAAGAGACAAACGCCAGCAGCGAGGGUGAUCAAGACCUUAGAGAUGAUCAUAAUGAGACCUCUAUGAAGGACAGGCCUGUGACUACUCAGCAGAAGUGUCGAACACUCAUCUGCAACUUCGUCGACGCUUCGAACAAGGAUAAGCUGCGCGCUCUCUUGACUCCACCCUUAGAGAAGCUUGACAGUCCUCCUGGAUCAAGUAACGGCAACUCGAAGAAGCGGAAGUCUUCCUUGAGCAAUGAUUCAGACGUCGACGGAUCUGAACCAGCCAGGCAAAGCGCCGACAACCUACCGAAGAGACAGCGGAGACAAACCGCCAAAGAGAGAGCUGAGCACAGAGCAGCAGCAGCGAACGUCCAAGAGUCGUUUCCUGAACCGCGGGGACAGCCUGAGGUGUGGGCGGAUGACCGCCAGAGCCUGUGUGAGUCGCUUUCAUACUUCCAGGCGUAUAAGUCUGGUGCCUACCACUUCAAUGGGUUUGGCUACGGCUACCUACUCGACAACGACAACGAUGUGCGAGGGUACAUGAGUGCCGAGGUUGUCAUCUCCAGAUUUGGCGGUGGUUACACACCCAAUGAAAAAACGGGCAAGAUGGAGCGAGAGAAGGAUCAGACUCUGUCUGACCCAACCGUUGUGGCUUUCAUGAACAACAUGAGAGAACAUGUGCCGGUCAAUCUCAUCGUCGGUUCCAAAAAUCCGCACUGCCCUUCCAAGAUGCCACAUCGCUACAACGUCAAGGGCUCUCACAUGGUACACUACAUUUGGUCUGAGAAGGUCGAAGGCAUGAAUGUCAGCAGGAUACGUUUCCAGGACAUCAAUCUGCAGAGGCCGAGCUGGUUGGCUGCGCAAGACUCACCAUUACCCCCAGCAGACCGCGACUACACCACAAAAGCACCCUGCGAAACCUGUUCCUCUUGCAACCGCACCUGGUCACAGGUCUACGCUGCCGGAUGGAUGUGCUUGAACGACGGCUGCAAGGAACACUUCCAACUCGACGGAGACACCUGCACCGACUUGACAUGGAACCCAGUCUGGAUGAACGAGCGCACCGAAUGGCCCCAGCAUAUCAUCCCGCCAUUCCCUCUGAAGCCAACACCGCCCCUUACCGACUCCAACGUACCAAGCCUGGAGGAAGAGACAUCCCUCUCGUGCUGGAAAGGCAUGGUGUGUCCAAAGUGCGGGAGAUGCAACUCGCGCACAAAGUGGGACGAGUGGAAGUGUUUGAAUGCAGCUUGCGACUUCGAGCUCCCAGUCACGCAUACGGUCUUCCCUGCCAGAGCUUUGGUCGAAAAGCACGGAUUCGAAUUUCAAGGCCAGGCCAUAUCCUUUGACAAAUGUUAUGCUCCCGUCACCAAGCGUGAGACGGAGUGGCCGGGCAUGUGGCGUCAUUCAACCUACGACAUCCCAGGCGGGAACGUUGUGUCUCAUUUCCACGCAAAUGCUGUCAUCAAUCAGCAGCCUGGGGGCGCAAAUGAGAUUCUUGAAGCACUGCAGGGAUCAAAGCUGGGCAUGGAAAGAUUUUCUAUGGGGAAUGCGUCCGCGGAAGGUCUUUCACUCGUAAGACACUUCGCAAUCAACUACGGUAUGCCAUACAAAUACGUCGUAUCCGUAGACUCCAAACCCUUCAGCGAAGCACCCCUAACGAUCAUGAACAUCGUCAACCGCUUGACCUGGGCCGGAAAAAAGGUCGUGAACGACGGCACAUACCAACAGUUCAACGAACUGCUCUGUCUCGGCUACUUUGAGAACCAGUCCAUCGGCUACCACGACGACGGCGAAAAAGAUCUCGGACCGACCAUCGCCUCCAUCUCCAUUGGCGGCGAAGCCAUCAUGACGAUCCGCAUGAAAGCCAAGUUCUAUUUCUACCCAAAGGGACAAACGCCAGAAACAUACGAUCCCCUCGCGGACAUCGAGCCCGGGACGCAACUCUACAAGGAGCGUCUCGAGCUGGCGAGGCUGUACAAGGCAGUGCAGAAGCAGGACGAGGAAAUGGAUGAAGAGGAGGACAACGAGGACAACGAGACCCAAGAGCGCACCUCACCCCGUCGAGCAUACCUCCGGGCCAAAACCGCCCUCUUCGCCGCCCUCGCCAACGACAAGCGCAAAAGCGCCCCCGUGAUCCUAUCCCUGGAUCUGAAACACGGCGACAUGGUCGUCAUGCACGGACAUCCCCUGCAGGCCAGAUACGAGCACGCCGUCACCCCCAAGGGCAAACUCCGCUACGGGCUCACGUGCCGGUACGUCAGGCCGGGCAACAUACCCUUGGCGGAGCGCUGGAAGGGGGACUUUGGGAUCCGGGCCGAGGACGCGUACGACGGCUAG